CUUGUUUUACGUAAGAGAGAAACGAUGAUAUGAAAAUCAGGUAGUACCCGGACACAUUGUGAUCUAGCUUAGCUGUUCAUUCAUUUCCACCUGCUGAAUGAACGACGGUGACAUCCCACCUGCACCGUUUCACGAUUAAUGAGAGGAAGCUCAAGGUUACCGGUGCAGCCAUGCCCGUCUCCCUGCUGUGGGCGGUGGAUGUGUAUGGGCGGGUGUACAGCCUGUCCACGGCAGGGCAGCAGUGGGAGCAGUGCCGUGAUGCCCAGAUGGAGUUCAAGCGGGUGACGGCAGCUCGGCAGUGCUGCUGGGGCAUCGCCUGUGACAACAGCAUCUACCUGAAUGUCCAUGCCUCUGACCUGCCGGUCCGCUACCAGGAGGAGACCUAUGAGAAUCAGCGGUGGAAUCCAGUUGAUGGUUUCUCGGAGCGUUUGUUGCCAAGCGACCGCUGGCAGUGGAGUGAUGUCACAGGUCUGCAGCACCAACCUCUAGACAGCUUCCGGCUUCCCUCCAGCAGCUGGGAGUGGGAGGGCGACUGGUACGUGGAUGAAAACUUUGAGGGAGAGCCUACAGAGAAAGGGGGGUGGAGCUACGCCAUUGACUUCCCUGCCACGUACACCAAAGACAAGAAGUGGAACUCCUGUGUCCGUCGCAGGCGAUGGAUCCGCUACAGGAGGUACAAAGCCAUGGACACGUGGGCUAAGAUCCCCUCGCAGCAGACGACUCUACCAGACCCCUUCAGCGACAUAAGCUGCGGAGGCUGGGAGAUCAGUGACGAGCCCAGAGGUCGACUGUCACUAUGGGCUGUGUCCCUGCAGGGCAAGGUGUGGUUCAGAGAGGGAAUCUAUCACCACAAUCCUGAGGGCUCUCUGUGGGAGGAGGUGCCUCUUCCCGGGGAGGUGGUCCAGAUCAGCUGUGGCUCAGGUGAUCUUGUCUGGGCAGUGCUGUGGGAGGGCCAGCUCCUUGUCAGGGAAGGCAUCUGCAGAGACUGCCCCAAAGGUACCUCCUGGGUGGUGGUGGACUCUCCCAGUCCUGAUGUAGGAGCCACACAUGUAGCCGUGGGAAUCAAUGUUGUUUGGGCUUUGACGAAGGACAGCAAAGUGUGGUUCAGACGCGGCGUGAACUCCCACAACCCCUGUGGCUCCGGCUGGAUCAGCAUGGUGGGAGAAAUGAUUAUGAUCAACGUAGGACUGAACGAUCAGGUGUUUGCCAUCAGCUGUGAGGAUCGGGCGGUGUACUUUCGACAAGGUGUGACCUCCAGUGAACUGAGCGGGAAAACCUGGAAGGCCAUCAGCGUUCCCCGGGACGGAGACAGAUCCCACUCCAGUGCCAGCACAAACAGCCUGCAGAGUGCCGGAUGCUUCUUUAGUGGUGAGGCUCGAGCUCAGUCUGUAGUGAGCGAUGUUGAAUCAGACACAGAGAAAGGAUCCACAGAUGGGGCCAGCUGCCUCGUCAACUCUGCCUCCCCAGAGUCCUUUGUUGACGCCCCCACAGACCACUCUGACCGUCUCAUUGAGACCUCCAAACCCCGCAUCCCCAAGGUCACCAGUGACAGCUUCAUCUCAGAACUUGUCUCUGACCGUGAACCAGCAAAGACCUCAGGAGAAGGCAGACCUGCCAGUCCAGCUGUUCUGGAAGAGGAGACCAUCCUUGGAGAUGGAGAGGUCACAGCUCCCUCUGCUGGCGUAGCCAUUUCCCCCAGCCAGUCAGGAGGUCCUCUUGACCACCAGUGGAGUAACGUGGAUCUGGAGGAGGCACAGGGCCAGCAGGCCCGGACUGGCGCAGUGCUGGACACAGCUGACACCUGCAGCUUGUCAUCGGUGGCCACAUAUACUCUGGCCAUGGAAGACCCGUAUGGGGUAGACGAGCACCCUCUGUGGGCGUGGGUCAGUGGAGGAGGCUGCUCUGUGGACAGUCACUCCCAGCUCAACUGGUUCAGCUGCUCUCUGAACACUUCAUCCCUGGUCCAGUCAGUCCAGUCCAUGAGUCUGUCCGUCAGCCCAGCCCAGACAGCAGCCUGGCGGAGACAAAUCUUUGAGCAACUUAGUGAGAGGACCAAAAGAGAGAUGGAUAAUUUCAGGCAUUAUGAACAAGCCAUAGAACAGUCUGUGUGGGUGAAGAAGGGAACCAUGCAAUGGUGGAGGGACUGGAAGCCACACAAGUGGGUAGAUGUUCAUUUUGCCUUGGAGCAGUUCUCGGGACCAGAGGGAAACAAGGAUGGCAUCCUUUUCAUCUAUUACAACUUUUAUGAGGAGAAGAAGUACCUUCAUGCCUUUGUGAAUGAGGUCACCGUCCUUGUUCCUGUGCUGAGUGACUCCAAACACACUUUUGCCAUCUACACUCCUGAGCGGACCAAACAGAGGUGGCCAAUCAGAUUGGCAGCAGCCACAGAGCUGGAGAUGCAUGAUUGGCUGGCAUUGUUGAGUGUGUCGUGCUGCGACUCCAGGGGGAUCCAGGGUCCUCCGUCCAAACAGGCCAUCUGGUCAAUCACCUGUAGAGGGGACAUCUUUGUCAGCGAGCCCUCUCCUGCUCUGGAAGCCAUGCCUUACCCCACACCCUGCGACCAGAUGUUCUGGCGGCAGAUUGGAGGUCACCUACGUGUGGUGGAGAGUAACAGUGUCGGAAUCGUGUGGGGGAUCGGCUACGACCACACUGCCUGGGUCUACACUGGGGGCUAUGGAGGAGGCUUCUUCCAGGGACUGGCCAGCAGCACAGAUAACAUUUAUACACAAACAGACAUCAAGAGCGUCUACAUUUACGAGAACCAGAGGUGGAACCCUGUUACUGGCUACACAAACAGGGGGCUGCCCACAGAUCGCUACAUGUGGAGUGAUGCAUCAGGACUGCAUGAGUGCACAAAGACAAAUAUGAAAGCUCCCUCCCCCCAGUGGACAUGGGUGUCUGACUGGACUAUUGACUACAGUGUCUCUGGGGGGACAGACCGAGAAGGUUGGCAAUAUGCAGCUGAUUUUCCAGCGUCGUAUCAUGGCCAUAAAACGAUGAAGGACUUUGUGCGUCGCAGGCGAUGGGCCAGGAAGUGUAAACUGACCACCACAGGACCCUGGCAAGAAAUUCCUCCGAUACCACUCAGUGAUGUGACCAUCCUGCCUUGUGCAGCUCAGAGCAGUGUGGAUGUGGUUCCUCUGUGGGCCAUCAGCAACAAGGGAGACGUGCUCUGCCGGCUGGGAGUCACUGCACUGACGCCUGCUGGAUCCUCGUGGCUCCACAUUGGAACCGACCAGCCUUUCAAGUCUAUCUCCAUCGGUGCUGCCAGUCAGGUUUGGGCCAUUGCACGAGAUGGUUCUGCCUUUUACAGGGGAUCUGUCUCUCCACAGAGCCCAGCAGGAGACUGUUGGUACCACAUCCCUUCCCCAUCCAAACAGAAGUUGAAGCAGGUGUCUGUUGGGAGGACAUCAGUCCACACUGUAGAUGAAAAUGGUAACCUGUGGUACCGGCAGGGUGUGACCCCCAGCUACCCUCAGGGCUCCUCCUGGGAACACAUCUCUAAUAAUGUACGCAAGGUCUCUGUAGGGCCUCUGGACCAGGUGUGGAUCAUAGCGGACAAGGUGCAGGGCAGCCACAGUCUUAGCUGUGGUACAGUGUGCCAUCGACUCGGAGUCCAACCUGUGGAGCCCAAAGGACAGUCGUGGGACUAUGGCAUCGGGGGCGGAUGGGACCACAUCACAGUGAGAGGGAACUCCAUGGAGUCGCCCCGCAUCCGUCUUCCCUCUCUAACAGACCCCCCCGGCCCAGCCUCUCGGAGCCCUUUCCCUGUCAGGAACACGGAGGUCGACAGCAAUGCUGUAGGAUGCUAAACACACAUAAGCACUCAUACUGCAAGCAGACAUCUUGAGUAAACAUUUGGAGAUCAUUCUGGUGAUGUAUUUUUUUUCUGCCAUUGUUUAAUUUCAACUAUAUAGUCUUAAUACAUUUUUUUUCUUUUAUUUAUUUUUUCAUCAGAAUUUAUUUAAUUUUCUGCUGGUGUGUGUGGUUUCUGUAGAUAGAUUAUUACAUGUAAGUUGUAAGUUUUUUUAAAAGGUAUUUUAUGUUUUUGUGUUUUUUUAAUGUAAAAAAAAAGUGUGUACUUAAAUAAUAGUUGCUCAGCUACUGAACAAUCAGCUCCAGGGCUUGUAUUGUGUACAAAAUAAAAAUUAUUUUUUGUGUUAGCCUGCAGGUAACAGGUCAACACAUGUCCCACUGGAAUAAGGUCUGAUUACUAUUGAAAAGAGAAGAAAAUUUGACAACUGGAUAGAGCAGGCAGAAGUUUGUAUGGGCGAGAGGCAAUCCAAGUGUAACUGGGUGGAAAUCAAGGCAGCCCCUCCAAAACAAACAGUCUUACUGUGAGAAAGAAAUAUUGACUUUGUAUUUUUCCUUCAGGGAAUUAAGAGGUUUUCCUGUUUGCUUCUAUACAGCUGUAGUGUUUUUUGUUUUGUUGUUUUUAUGAAGCCAACAUGUAGCAGCUUUAACAAGAACUGCACUGGCUUCAUUCACCUGUGCUGGUUGCUGCUCGUCUUAUACAGGCAGCUGAGCGAUGUUUUAAUAAAGGUUUGGAUAUUGUCAUUAUAUUAUUGUCAUGGAGUAUGUGCAAUGGUUAGUGAUGUAAAUAAGGGGGAAAUAAGUGCAGAUUACUUGUAAAAGUCUUGUGGUGGACAUUCUACAACUGAACCUUCCUCUUUCUCAGGAGAAUGUUUGCAUUUGCAUGCAUCUACUUCCUUUGGACUGAUAGUAUAAUGACUAAGUAAUGACAAAAAAUACUAAAAAAAAAAAACAAACCUAAAACACUAUUUUUGCUAUAAAUGUGUAAAAUGUUAGUA